AUGGCGGCACCAGCUGCCUGGUCAUCGUCAGCGCCUCCUCUGCGCGCCUGCUUCCUGCCACUUCUGCUACUCCUCGCGUCCUUCUCGGCAGCACCAAUCUUAGCAGCAGCGCGGCCGUCGUCCUCCACCCCCAAGAAGCCUGCUGCUUUCCCGGCCGUCACUCCUCUGCACCUGCAAGCUCUGCAGCGCCAGCGGGCAAGCAGCAGCAUCAGGGGCGGCGGUGAGCUCGUCGCCGCGGCCGCCGAUGGCAGCAGCGGCAGCGGCGCGGCCAACGGUACCGCGGCGAAGAAGCCCUUCACGGCGCACUACUUCGCGCAGGAGCUGGACCACUUCACCUUCACGCCCAACGCGUCCAUGGUCUUCCGCCAGAAGUACCUCCUCAACGACACCUUCUGGCGGAGGCCCAGCGGUGGCAACGACGCCGGCGCCGGGCCGCUGUUCGUCUACACCGGCAACGAGGGCGACAUCGAGUGGUUCGCCACUAACACGGGAUUCAUGUUCGACAUCGCGCCCAAGUUCGGCGCCCUCCUCGUCUUCAUCGAGCACCGGUUCUACGGGGAGUCGAAGCCGUUCGGGAACGACUCGUACAAGUCGGCCGAGACGCUGGGCUACCUGACGUCCACGCAGGCGCUCGCCGACUUCGCCAUCCUCAUCAGGAGCCUGAAGAAGAACCUCUCCGCCGAGGCCGCUCCCGUCGUCGUCUUCGGCGUCUCAUACGGCGGAAUGUUGGCCUCCUGGUUCAGGCUCAAGUACCCCCACGUCACCAUUGGGGCAGUAGCGUCCUCCGCGCCAAUCCUCCAGUUCGACUACAUAACACCGUGGAGCAGCUUCUACGAUGGCGUCUCGCAGGACUUCAAGUCUGAGAGCUUGAACUGCUUCAGUGUCAUCAAGGGAACCUGGGAUGUCCUGGACGAGAGGGGGUCCACAGACAAAGGGCUCCUGGACCUCAGCAAACUUUUCAGAGCCUGCAAGACAGUGAAGUACGCUUAUUCAAUCCGAAACUGGCUGUGGACAGCGUUCAGUUACACUGCCAUGGUGGACUAUCCCACCCCAGCCAAUUUCCUGCAGAAUCUGCCUGCCUACCCUGUCAAGGAGAUGUGCAAGAUCAUCGAUGGGUUUCCCGCAGGCGCAGAUAUCCUGGAAAAGGCAUUCGCAGCGGCGAGCUUGUACUACAACUACACAGGAGACCAGACUUGCAAUAAGAUAGAGGAUGGAGACGACCCGCAUGGCCUCGAUGGCUGGCAAUGGCAGGCCUGUACAGAGAUGAUCAUGCCCAUGACGGUCUCCAACGAAAGCAUGUUCCCACCAUCCACCUUCACCUAUGAUGAAAGGUCAGAUGAAUGUUUCGAGAGCUGGGGGGUUCGACCGAGACCGCAUUGGAUCACAACUGAAUACGGUGGAUAUAAAAUUGAUAAGGUGCUCAAGAGGUUUGGGAGCAACAUCAUCUUCUCCAACGGAAUGCGAGACCCAUGGAGUCGAGGCGGGGUGCUCAAGAACAUCUCAUCCAGUAUCAUUGCCCUUGUCACAGAGAAAGGUGCACAUCAUUUAGACUUCAGAUCUUCAACAAAGGGUGAUCCAGACUGGGUUAUAGAACAAAGGAGACAAGAAGUUGACAUCAUUCAGGGAUGGAUUGAUCAGUAUCAUCAGGACAUGCGGGAAACAUCUUCCUGA